CUGCAUUUCCACACUGAUCUCCACCACUCCGUCUCUGCCCCUGUCCGUUCUCCGUCCCGUCCAUCUACCCACACCCACCAGCUUGAACCGGACGACGACUGAUGAAGAGACGAGACGACGACGACAGCGACAGCGACAAAGGAUUGCGACCAGACGCAUUUUGGGCAGGGGAAUUGGCGAACUCACCGCAUUGCGAGUCCCCACAACGGCGGGAGGUUUACAGCCAGGCGGAGUGAAGAGAGCCGGGCAAGCCUCCCCAACCUUGGCAGGCCCGUAACACACAACACUUUCGUCUCGUGGUGCCAAAUGAGCCGACCACGCCGCCGUCGCGCGCCGCCCUUCUUUGAUACGACGACCACUGAGACGCACUGACGCCCGAAACUUCUCGCCACGUUUUCCCGACGACUACGUAAGAGCAAUCAAUCAUUUGGGGCGGGCUCUGCAUGAAAGUGCUAGCUGCUGGCACUCUGGAACAAAAAACGACCAAAAAACGCCCCCUAGAGCGAUAAACCUACACGCUCCCCCUCCCGAACAAAAUAAAUCCAUCGACGACUCAGACCUCUUCACUAUAGAGCCUCGCCGGCUCCACGUAUGAGGGGGACCGUCCCUCCCCCUCGCCUGCCAUCAUGAUGCUUUGGCGCAAACCGCCGAACGUUGCGGGCACCUCCGCAAACGCUCUGUUUGCCUUGUUGCUGGUGGCGAGCGGUGGCUGUCUUUUUGGACAUGAUACUGGUGUGAUCAAUGGCGUAUUGGCAAUGCCGAGCUUCAGGGAUCAGUUUAAUCCAUCGACCAGUCAAUCUUCACUGAUCGUGGCGAUAUUGAGCGCCGGAACCUUUCUCGGCAGCUUGAUGUCAGCACCAAUGGCCGAUUUUAUAGGCCGCCGAAAGGCGCUGCACAUUGCCAUAGGCGUCUUUUGCCUCGGCGUUGUAUUCCAGGUCUGCUCCGCCGAUAUACCAAUGCUCCUGGGCGGAAGGUUCGUGGCUGGAAUUGGUGUUGGUUUGAUAUCGGUUCUUGUCCCGUUAUAUCAAUCGGAAAUGGCACCAAAGUGGAUUCGAGGCACAAUGGUGUGCGCAUAUCAACUUUUUAUAACGUUGGGGCUGCUUGCAGCUUCGGUCAUCAACAUCAUUACCAGCGACAUACCAGGCCCAGCUGCGUACAGGAUACCUCUUGGCCUUCAACUUGUGUGGGCCUGCGUCCUUAUGAUGGGCCUUCUCAUUUUACCAGAAACUCCUCGCUACCUCAUCAAGCGUGGCCUAGAUACCGAGGCGGCACUGUCGCUCAGCCGACUACGCCGCCUUGACAUUACUCAUCCAGCUUUGAUUGAAGAGCUGGCCGAAAUCAAGGCCAAUCACGAGUAUGAGCUCGCUCUAGGCCCUGACACAUAUAAAGAUGUGUUCUUCGGCUCUCCCCACCUGGGCCGCAGGACCUUGACGGCAUGCGGCCUGCAGAUGCUGCAGCAGCUCAGUGGAGUCAACUUUAUCAUGUACUACGGCACAUGGUUCUUCAAGGGAGCAAUGGUAGACAACCCUUACCUCAUAUCUUGCAUCAUGAACAUUGUCAACUUUAUUUCGACGCUUCCUGGCCUGGUUGUCGUCGAAUCUUGGGGACGCCGGCGACUUUUGAUCGUCGGGGCGAUCGGCAUGUCAAUCUGCCAACUGUCGGUCGCUUCCUUUACCGCAGCUACCAAGCACAUAGCUGGUUCCAAUGGAUCCAGCACAACACAGAAUCAGGUCUUGGUUACAUUUGUUGCCAUAUACAUAUUUUUCUUUGCGGCCUCGUGGGGACCUGUUGUCUGGGUCGUCACAGCCGAGAUAUUCCCCCUCAAGGUGCGCGCCAAGUCAAUGUCGGUGUCGACGGCGUCAAAUUGGCUGCUCAACUUUGGCAUUGCCUACAGUACCCCAUAUAUGGUGGACACCGGGUAUGCCAGUCUCGGUCCACUCAUCUUCUUCGUUUGGGGUGCCUUCUGCAUAGUCGGCAUCUUCUUUGUUUACUUUAUGGUUUACGAGACGAGCAAGAUCAGUUUGGAGCAGAUCGAUGAAAUGUAUGAACGUGUCACUGUGGCUUGGAAGAGCCGUGAUUUCGAGCCGAGCUGGAGUUUCCAGCAAAUGCGGGACCUUGGCUACUCUGACAGCGGGAUACCGCCUGAUGAGAGUAACGAAUUGCAACAAACGACGACGACGCAAUCCGAGACUGCGUCGAGCGGGAUGGCGCCGUCGAAUGGGGAUAGCAAAUCGAUACCAACAAUGGGUAAUGUCGAUUUCAGUUAUUGAGUUUUAUUUUGGGUUUGGGUUUGGGUCUUUCUUUUUUCUUCUUUUUUCCCCCCUCUCUCCUUUCCUCCGGUUCUUCUCGUAGUGUCAGCCGGUGAUUGGGUAGCCGACCAUUCUGGUUAUCUAGGUAUUAUCAGAUGCUUGCCUCUGCCAUAUCACAUGCCCCACUCGUUCAGACGGUGGACACCCGGCCUUUACCUGGCUGUCCUUGUAUAACUUCCUCUCUUUUUUCUUUCUUGCUCUUUUUUGUCUGUCUUAAUUCAAAGGGGGGUGAGUGUGUGUGCGGGGGAUACCAGCGUCGGAGUUAUGUCGUAGGAGUUUUACGGGGGUGGCGUAGGGGCAAUUCAUUGAUAUUUUGUGGCACAUCUAUCUGAAAAUCAAAUCUUGAUUGAGACUACUUUUGGGAGCUGUUCAGACUACCGGGUCGAGGUUUUAAUGUUAUCGUUGAUCAUGUAGACUGCUGCGGCAUAAAGAGAAACCCAUUUUCCACCUUUGUCACAUUAUAUAGCGCACGUGGGCGGAACAUGAAGGGACCGAAACACACGUGGUCCAUUUCUCGUAUGCUCCUUGACUCAGACAAUCCAAAAGAGUAUAUAUAAAAAAG